AUGUUUGGCAAUACAGGUGUGCAGCUCCAGGAAGAAUUGGACCAGGGCCGGGCCAGGUCCACAAAUCACAAACCAAUGGUAUGUGGGGUGCCACCUAUUCGCCUUAUGUCCGGCCUGCAGCAUAUGAAGUUGCGCGUCCACUGCCUCUUCGGAGGGUCACGCAUGAUAUUCUCAAGUGGUACUUGUGUGGGGGACGAUUUGGGAGGCUCCUGCUUCUUUGGACUCAGUGAUCUCAAAGAGCUGCCUAGUGUUUCCUCACUUGAACUGAUGGUGAGCUUUGUGCUUGCAACUGGGCGCCUUCCACCUGUUGACCGAGGACAUCAGCUGCCCGUUUUCGCAGCGGCGUUCAUUUGA